AUUUGUCUCGGAACAGACUGUCGGAGCUCCCAGCAGAAACUUGUCACUUCGUGUCCCUCGAGAGUCUUAAUUUGUACCAGAACUGCAUUCGUUAUAUCCCAGAGGCUGUUUUGAACUUACAGUCUUUAACAUUUCUAAAUAUCAGUCGAAACCAGCUUUCAACAUUGCCAGUUCACCUCUGUAGUCUACCACUCAAAGUUUUGAUAGCAAGUAAUAAUAAAUUGGUUUCAAUUCCUGAAGAAAUUGGACAGCUCAGGCAGCUGACAGAGCUUGAUGUGAGCUGUAAUGAAAUACAGACAAUACCUCCACAGAUUGGCAAUUUGGAAUCCUUGCGGGACCUAAAUGUCAGAAGAAAUAAUUUGGUGCGUUUACCUGAAGAGCUGGCUGAGUUGCCUUUGAUUCGAUUAGAUUUCUCCUGCAAUAAAAUAACAACAAUACCAGUUUGUUACAGGAACCUCAGACAUCUUCAGACCAUCAUGUUAGAGAACAACCCUCUCCAGUCCCCCCCUGCACAGAUAUGUAUAAAAGGAAAAAUUCAUAUAUUUAAAUACCUGAACAUAGAAGCAUGCAAGAUAGCUCCAGACUUGCCUGAUUAUGAUAGGAGACCCAUGGGAUUUGGAUCUUGCCACGAGGAACUCUAUUCCAGUCGUCCGUAUGGAGCACUCGAUUCUGGCUUCAACAGUGUGGACAGUGGAGACAAAAGGUGGUCAGGGAACGAACCAACAGAUGAGUUCUCAGAUCUCCCUUUACGUGUGGCAGAGAUCACCAAGGAGCAGAGGCUGCGCAGAGAAAGUCAGUACCAGGAGAGCAGAGGGAGCACAGUCGUAACCAAUGGUGGAGUGGAACAUGAUCUCGAUCAGAUUGACUAUAUUGAUAGCUGUGCCACGGAAGAGGAGGAGGAAGAGGUGAGGCAACCCAAGUGCAUGGACUCAGACAGCCUCAGCUCACAGUUCAUGGCAUAUAUUGACCAGCGGCGAAUCUCUAACGAGAACUCCCCAGUAAAGCCUGUGUCUGUCAGAGAGCUUCAGAGAACAGAGGACACAAGACGACAUUUGCAUCAAAACAGGGAUACCGAUGAAUUGCGAAGACCUGAAACUCUAAAUUUGAUGCAGGACAAAGAGCAUCAUCAAGUACUAAGGAGUUAUGUGGACAGGACAGAGAGACCUUUGCCCGAUUCGCCUUAUUUUCUCUCGCUGUCAAGUCACCACAAUCAGGUGCCCAGCUCGGAUUGCGAGCUGCAGCGCAGGCACGUGGAGCGCGCACGGCGCGAGGCACAGCUGGCAGCGCUCCAGUACGAGGAGGAGAGGAUGAGAACAAAGCAGAUUCAGAGAGAAGCUGUCCUUGACUUUGUUAAGCAAAAAGCAUCCUUAAGUCCUCAGAAGCAAAGUCCUCUGGAUAGUGAGUGUCCCUUUCCAUCCAGAAGGUCUCAGCAUACUGAUGAUAGUGCCUUGUUAGUGUCACUCUCAGGGUUGAACCAAGAAAGCUGUGCUACUACCCUGCCUAAUGCCUCUACCUUCAGCCCUGUCAAGAGUGAUGACAGAUCUACCAUCUCCCCUGGCUCACCUACUGCUCAGACAGACCCUCGGGCGAGACAGACCUCCAAGCAGCGAGAGGAGGAGCUGGAGCUGAUAGAGCAGCUGCGCAGGAACAUAGAGUCUCGGUUGAAGGUGUCUUUGCCGAGUGACCUCGGAGCAGCUCUCACCGAUGGUGUCGUUCUGUGCCACCUGGCGAACCACGUGCGGCCGCGCUCCGUGCCCAGCAUCCACGUCCCCUCCCCUGCUGUGCCUAAACUUACAAUGGCAAAAUGCAGACGAAACGUGGAGAAUUUCUUGGAAGCUUGCAGGAGGAUUGGAGUGCCUCAGGAGCAAUUAUGUUUGCCUCUGCAUAUUUUAGAAGAGAAGGGUUUGACACAGGUAGCUGUGACUGUGCAGACGCUCCUGGAGUUGGCACCCCCAAAGCAGCAGCCACUUCACCACUUGUCUGCUGUGUAA